CCGCUCCGCUGCUGCUCGGCCCGGCCGGGCGGGGACUUGGCAGGAGCUCCUGGGCAGAGAGCGAGAGUGCCUGCCCCCGCUCCGCUCCGCUGUGGCUUUUGGGUGGAGGAAGGUCUGGGCUCGGCCGAGGAGCAGCAGCAGCCGCCGCCGCCGGAGAGGAAGAGGCAGGAGGGGAGAGCUAGAGACGGAGAGGCGGCUGGAGCCCCCCAAAGUACCCCCCCAUCCCUGCACUGCAGGCUACAUUUCCAGCUUCAUGGGCAAAGUGUGGAAACAGCAGAUGUACCCCCAGUACACCACCUACUACUACCCCCAGUAUCUGCAGGCGAAGCAGUCCAUUGUACCAGCCCACCCAAUGGCUCCUCCUAGUCCCAGCACCACCAGCAGUAAUAACAACAGUAGUAGCAGCAGCAACUCAGGAUGGGAUCAAUUAAGUAAAACUAACCUUUACAUCAGAGCACUGCCUCCAAACACCACUGAUCAGGACCUGGUAAAAUUAUGCCAACCGUAUGGGAAAAUUGUAUCCACGAAGGCUAUUUUGGAUAAGACUACAAACAAAUGCAAAGGUUAUGGUUUUGUUGACUUUGACAGCCCAGCAGCUGCUCAGAAGGCGGUUUCUGCUUUAAAGGCCAGUGGAGUCCAAGCACAGAUGGCAAAGCAACAAGAGCAAGACCCAACUAACUUAUACAUUUCCAAUCUGCCUCUUUCAAUGGAUGAGCAGGAGCUUGAGAACAUGCUGAAGCCCUUUGGGCAGGUUAUCUCUACAAGGAUACUGCGGGACUCGAGUGGGACAAGCCGUGGUGUUGGCUUUGCAAGGAUGGAGUCAACAGAAAAAUGUGAAGCAGUGAUUGCUCAUUUUAAUGGAAAAUUCAUAAAGACACCAGCAGGAGUUUCUGUUCCUGCAGAACCUUUAUUGUGCAAGUUUGCCGAUGGAGGACAGAAAAAGAGACAGAAUCAGAAUAAAUACAUACAGAAUGGAAGAGCAUGGCACAGAGAAGGCGAGGUGAGACUUGCUGGAAUGACACUCACAUAUGAUCCAACCACAGCUGCUUUACAAAAUGGAUUUUAUCCAUCACCCUACAGUAUUACAGCAAACAGAAUGAUUACUCAGACAUCUAUUACGCCAUAUAUUGCUUCUCCGGUUUCUACAUACCAGGUUCAGAGUCCUUCUUGGAUGCAGCCUCAACCAUAUAUAAUGCAGCACCCAGGUGCUGUUCUGACUCCCUCCAUGGACCACACCAUGUCACUACAGCCUGCAUCAAUGAUAAGCCCUCUGACACAGCAGAUGAGUCAUCUUUCAUUAGGCAGUACUGGAACAUACAUGCCAGCCACAACAGCUAUGCAAGGAGCCUACAUCCCCCAGUACACACAUGUCCAGACAGCAGCGGUUCCUGUUGAGGAAGCCAGUGGUCAGCAACAGGUCACAGUAGAGACAUCCAGUGACCAUUCUCCAUACACGUAUCAGCAAAAUAAGUAACUGUGAGGACAGCUCUAACCACAUCUACCAUCUGAGGAAUCUGUGCAGCCCUCUUCUGUAGUAAAGAAGAAAUCGUAUCACAGGAAAAUACUACUGGAUUUUUUUUCCAUGUCCAGGAAGAAAGGCCAGCUUCUUCACAGGCAAGCUUUAACUGUUCAAGUUAUCUUGCCUUUUUCAACACUAUCCCCUCACUCAGUACCUACAUCAGUGGUGUUCUGAAUUCCUCUGUGUUAUGUUGGUCUCCCUUCAGCUGAAUAAACUGACCUCUUUUGACAGCUUCAGUGCAAUACAAAGGGAUUUUUGGAGAGCUGAAGGAAUGAAGGUAUGUGGCACCCUAAAGACUUCCCGCAUGCACGCUGCAGGUGUUUGGGUCAACCUGCUCAGGCAGCUUUCUAAGUAGUGUUAUUGUUCCAGAGCCCCACAUGCAAGCAUUACCAAGGGGAAUAAUAUUUGUAAAAUGGUUUCUGCACAUGCACUCCACUGAUGUUAAAGAAGUCACCUGCAGUAGAAAUUUUCCCAAGUAUUUUAACCACCUUUAAUGCACACACAGGAAUGAUGGUUUCAGGCAAUGUCUAUGAAGCACUUAAGGGUAAUGGAAUAAAGCAAUGAUUUACAAGAAGCCCAAGAUAAAAUACUAGUAAAUUUUAUGUUUUGGUAAGUAGUUUUAGCUUUUUCCAAGUACAAAUAGAAAAUUACUUUUCCUUUGUGUGCUUCAGCCUUUUCCCAAUGGGAAAUACUUUCAUACCAAUGAGAAAACACUACUAAUUUUCUUUUUUCCUUCCAGUGAAUGUAAAAAAUCCUGAAAAUGUAUUUACAGGUAUUUGUUACCAGCUUGGUUUUGCAUCAGUUUGUUCUGGUAUCUUUAGCCAGUCUCAAAGAUAAUCUGUACGCAGAAUAUACAUAACUAGGCACACUAAGCAGUUAUUUAUUGACCAGCCCACAGCAAAGAAAGGAUUUCCCAAGCCAUUGGGCUGAGCAUGAGUCUGCUCACCCAGCAAGGUACCAGCAGUGGCUUUGCUGGCCAGGCAGACAUUGGGCAGGAGGGGAAGAGUCAGUCCCUGCAGCUCCCAGGAGCAGACCCUCAAUAUUGGCACGUUUCUAUCUUCUGCCAAGCUCCGUCAGGGCCCCUGUCAUGGGUGCCUUGCCCCAACAAACUAACUGACCUGAUGCUUCCUGACUUGCCUUGCUCUUUUCUUCCUUUAGAUUUUAUACUUCUUCAACAUUGCUGCUUUCCUUCCUAAACCCUCGAGCUCCUGGCAGUCUGGUCCCACUAGCUCUACCUCUGUCUGUAAUGUUACUUUUCUUACCUCUGCAGACUUUCUCACAGCUUUUUUUCCAGCACUCUGAGCAAGGUUACACAGCUGGGCUGGAUCAGAGUUGGACCCUCGUGCGCAGGGAGCUGUGGAGAGGGAAGGGAGGCACAAGACAGGGGCUGCAGUAAGGGCUGACAUACUCCAGGUCUUCCCUGAGUCAGGAAAGCAUUCAAAUGCAGUUGGAGGAAGGGAUAUUCAAAGAGCUCCAAGUGUUGCUGUCUUUGCCAGAACAGAAUGAAAACUAGAUUUCAAAUAGCUCUAAGAGAGGCCAGUGCAGCUCAGUAGAAUGAAAUGCUCCAGAAGUCAGCAGCUGCAUGGAUCGUCAGCUCCUGACCUCCUUCAGCCCUGCUCUGCUCACUUUCCAUACUUCAACAAGUUCCAGCUGCCAGUAGGCAGAGGGUUCUGACGUGAGUGGGAAGGAGGCAGCUCAUUAGCAACCCACAGGCUUCACACAGCAAAAAGCCCCUUUGCCACUUGUGCAUUCAAGCAAGUCUCUGUGCCCUGAGCUGCAGAAGUUACAGAACACAGCCAGCAGUAGGGAAGUAAGCUUGUGCAGAAGAGUGGGAACAUUUGGGUUUAAGUUGUUUCUAGGUAAACUAUUCGUAUUUAAGAUUGGUCUAGCUCUGUCUUUACUGUGGUAUGUCUAGAAACAGCUUUACCCUCUAUUUUAGGGUGAAUUUUGUACAAAGGUGUUGAAAAUCCAGAUUUCAGUUAUGAAAAAAAAAAAAAAUAGGCAGUUACAGAAAUUCCUCUCCUAAAAAGUAUUUUGCAGAUGAAACUAGCCAGUCAUCUCUGGAAAAACAAUUCAGGACAAAUCAUACCAGUCUGUGUAUUACAGUCCACAUAUGCACAGCUCAUCUCUUCCAAGUGGGGAUCACCUGAUCAGCCCUGCAAUGCAUGGUGCUGCCCUGUUUCAAGCCUGCAAUUAAUUUCCUAAGCAAUGUUGUGCUACAUCAGCAGAGCCAACAGCUGGAGCUGGCCUCGUUUAACUGGACUCACAAGGUGAGUGAGGGGUGCAGAGCCCCGGGCUCCAAGGGAUGCUCUGUGCCACCUGGGACUCGGGCUCUCUCCGCUGCUGCCGCUUUUGGCUAUUGGUUCUCUCGGGGGGACAGAAAGGGCAGAGCCCAGAGCCCCCCAGCUGUCCCACAGCUGCUGAUCUCACCCAGGAGCUUAAAUAACAGCUCCUGGUGCAGCCACCAGAGGGCAUCGGGAUAAACCGAAAUAAUCCCAAAAGGUAAACACGCAUUCAUAGCGUGUCAUUAUGGAGUGCUUACAGUUACCUGUUAUUAAAAGCAAAACCUCAUCCUGCCUUUGCACAAUACAAUGCAGGUGCUCACAUUUCUGGUAAUGUGUUUUUAGUCCUUAUUAACGUAACAAUAGGGUUGUCUUUACUAGAGAAAAAUUAAAGCUAAUUUUCUUUUGGUUAAUGAAACAUGCAAGGAUGCAUUCAGUGCACAGCAGGCGAGGGGAAGAAAAGAAAAAAAUCUAAUAGAAACCACAACGUCACCAGAAACACAAGAGUUCCAUGAAAGAUCAGGGAGAAUUGGUAAGUAGCUUGUAGGUGACAGACAAACACAAAAGGAGACAAACAGCAAGGGAAUUCUGGAGAAGUCAAGCAGCCUGCAAAGGUUCAACCCAGACCAGAGUUAGAAAUCUUUUUCCCAUUAACUCAAAGCCAGUCUAUUUUCAUAUACUCUUGGGAGCAUCCGUUUUAUUAUUGUUAUAUCUUUGUAAGAGCCAUGACAA